AUGUCUAACCUUCCAUCUGAGCCUGAGUUCGAGCAAGCUUACAAUGAGCUUGCCUCAACUCUUGAGAACUCCACCCUUUUCGAGAAGAACCCAGAAUACCGUACCGCCCUCAAGAUCGUUUCCAUCCCAGAAAGAGUUAUCCAAUUCCGCGUCGUCUGGGAAGAUGACAAGAACCAAGUCCAAGUUAACCGCGGAUACCGUGUGCAAUUUAACAGCGCUCUCGGACCAUACAAGGGAGGAUUGAGAUUCCACCCUACCGUCAAUCUCAGUGUUUUGAAGUUCUUGGGUUUCGAGCAAAUCUUCAAGAAUGCUUUGACUGGAUCUGACGAUUGUUCUCAACAAUUGAACAUUGGAGGUGGUAAGGGAGGAGCCGACUUCGACCCAAAAGGCAAAUCCGACAACGAAAUCCGCAGAUUCUGCGUUUCUUUCAUGCGCGAAUUGAGCAAGCACAUUGGAGCCGACACCGAUGUCCCAGCUGGUGACAUCAACGUUGGAGGAAGAGAAAUCGGUUUCCUCUUCGGUGCCUACAAGGCCAUCCAAAACAAAUGGGAGGGUGUUCUUACUGGAAAGGGAGGAAGCUGGGGUGGAUCUUUGAUCAGACCUGAGGCUACCGGUUACGGUCUCGUCUACUACGUCGCCCACAUGAUCCAAUAUGCUGGUCAAGGUUCAUUCCAAGGAAAGCGCGUUGCCAUCUCCGGAUCCGGAAACGUUGCUCAAUACGCCGCUCUCAAGUGUAUUGAGCUUGGUGCCACCGUUGUAUCCCUCUCCGAUUCUCAAGGUUCUUUGAUCGCUGAAGGAGAUGCAUACUUCACCCCAGAAGACAUUGGAAAGAUCGCUGAGUUGAAGCUCAAGAGACAAUCUCUCACCGCUUUCGAGCACGGAGGAAAAUACAAGUACAUCGAGGGUUCCAGACCUUGGACCCACGUCAAGGUCGAUGUUGCGCUUCCAUGUGCUACCCAAAACGAAGUCAGCAAGGAAGAGGCUGAAUCUCUCGUUGCCAGCGGUGCUAGAUACAUUGCUGAAGGAUCCAACAUGGGUUGCACACAAGAGGCCAUCGAUGUCUUUGAGGCUGAGCGCAAGGAGAAGAAGGGUGAGGCCAUCUGGUACGCACCAGGAAAGGCUGCCAACGCUGGUGGUGUCGCUGUUUCCGGUCUUGAGAUGGCACAAAACAGUGCUCGUAUCAGCUGGACUCAAGAGGAGGUUGAUGAGAAGCUCAAGGACAUCAUGAAAAACGCAUUCGAGAAUGGAUUGGAGACUGCCAAGAAGUACGUCGAGGCAAAGGAUGGCGAAUUCCCAUCUUUGGUUGCUGGUUCCAACAUUGCUGGAUUCGUCAAGGUUGCUAGCGCUAUGCACAACCACGGUGAUUGGUGGUAA